AUGCAAGAACAAAUAGAGACGGCACGUCAAAACGAACUCAACCCAAUUCUAUUUCAUUCAACUGCAAAUAUAAAGCUUUCUUCUUCACAUUUCUUCUUUUACACACAUAAUAAUCUCCUUUCCAAACUACUGUUUUCGCUAACCAUGUCUUUUAAUUAUCUGUACAUCAUUUUGAUCUUCGUUACAAUCUUAUUCUCUUCGAACAGUGUCGACUCACAAGCUCCAACACCAUCAUCAACCUGCAAUGGCGUAUUUUUAUCCUACACUCACACCACAGGCUAUCCUAUCCCACCGAUUAACUCACCCAACCAGCCUUACAGGUUCGAGUCCACUCUGACCAUUCUCAACAAUGGCCUCGAUGAACUUAAGUCAUGGAGAGUUUUUGUUGGGUUUCAACAUGACGAGAUUUUGGUUUCUGCAACUAAUGCUGUUUUAGUUGACGGCUCUUCUCUUCCUGCUUUUGUUGGCGACGGCACCGUUUUUGCAGGCUUCCCAGAGAGUGACCUUAAGUCUGCUGUUGAAACGGCGGGGGAUGUAACCCAGAUGGAGGUUCAGGUCCGAUUGGUGGGUACUCAGUUUGGUGUUGGAGCCCCAAACGUUCCCAUGCCCAAUAAUAUCUCUCUUGCCAACGAUGGCUAUAGAUGCCCCAUUCCUACAAUCGAAGGGAACAGUCAGAUGAACCUAUGCUGCAUCAAAGAUCCAACUUUUAGAACAAACCUCACAGGGGAAGACCAAGAUGGCGAUCUUAUCAUAAUGUAUGAUGUGAUGAGGUCGUAUGACACAAAUUACUGGGCACAAGUUUCAAUCUCCAACAAUAACCCUCUGGGGCGCCUCGAUAACUGGAAAUUAAGCUGGGAAUGGGUGAGAGAAGAAUUCAUCCAUGCCAUGAAAGGAGCAUUCCCUCAGGUUGUUGACACAUCAGAAUGCAUAUAUGGACCGCAAGGUCAAUACUAUCGGGAUCUGGAUUUUUCAGCUGCAUUGAAUUGUGAAAGAAGGCCGACGAUUAUUGAUUUACCUCCUACAAGAGCAAAUGAUACAAAUAUUGGCAGAAUUCCUUUCUGUUGUCGAAAUGGAACAAUUCUGCCUCCUAGCGUUGAUCCUACCAAGUCUCACUCCAUUUUCCAAAUGCAAGUUUACAAAAUGCCACCAGAUCUCAACAGAACUGAGCUUGUCCCUCCACAGAACUGGAAGAUCAGUGGCACACUAAAUCCGGAAUAUCAAUGUGGGUCUCCUGUUCAAGUGCUGCCAAGUAGAUUCCCAGAUUCAAGUGGGUUACCUACAGAAUCAAUGGCAAUUGCUAGUUGGAAAGUGGUUUGCAACAUUACACAGCCCAAGCAGGGAACACUGGCAAGACUGACAAGUCCAAGAUGUUGUGUAUCGUUUUCGGCCUUCUUCUAUGAUACUGCCAUCCCAUGUAGCACAUGCGCCUGUGGCUGCAACACCAAUUCUAGUCAAACAUGCAGUGUUACUGAGCCAGCUCUUCUUGUGCCGCCUGAUGCUCUUCUUGUUCCAUUUGAGAAUCGUACAAUUGAAACUUUAAAGUGGUACGAGAUGAAAGGUUUUAGUGUUCCUAGUCAAUUGCCCUGUGGGGAUAAUUGUGGAGUUAGCAUCAACUGGCAUUUAUUAUCAGAUUACAGAGGUGGCUGGACCGCAAGGAUCACUCUUUUUAACUGGGGUGAAACUGAUUUCCCAGAGUGGUUUGCUGCCGUUCAGUUAGACAAGGCAGCGCCGGGUUUUGAAAGAGUUUAUUCUAUGAAUGGAAGUGCGCUGACUGGUUCCAAUAAUACGAUAUUGUUGCAGGGUUUUCCAGGUUUGAAUUAUCUUGUGGCCGAAAAGAAUGGUGCCAACCCCAAAAAAGAUCCCCAGGUUCCCGGAAAGCAGCAGUCAGUAAUUUCGUUUACAAAAAAGACAACCCCUAAUAUUGAUGUGGCUAAAGGAGAUGGAUUUCCCACAAAAGUAAUCUUUAAUGGCGAGGAAUGUGCACUUCCCACAAUGCUUCCAAGCAGAGGCAAUAAGAUGAAUGUGGCUGGUAGCCUUUUUGGCUUAGCAACUCUUCUAUCUUUCUUAUUAAUGCGCUGACUGACUACCUUCUUCAGUAGUCUUCAUAGCGACGUCCAGUCAAAGGGAAAUUACUUGACAGAGUGCUUUGUUUUUUUAAACAUUGGAGUUGUAUUUGUGUUGAAUAUAUCAAUAUAACAAUUUGAUUAUUAACCUAAAA